AUGUGUGGCAGCUAUGUUGCAUUAACGCUGCUUCGUCCUGGCAAUGCACCACUAGGAUCUGAUUGGAAUUCGUCAGCCAAGAAAGUCACUAAACCAGAAUCAAAAGCUGUACAUAAAAUAUGGAAACUGCGUAAAACAAACCCCUCAGACAGUAAACUUCAAGACAAGUUGCGAGAGAAGGAGAAGACGUUAAAGAGUUUAGAGGCACAGGUUCCAGGUGGUACUGGGAACUUUAGCGAAGAUUCACAGUUUGCGUUAUGGCCCCGCAUAAUCAGAUGCCUUGAGGUGGUGGAGAAGAGAGGACUUCAUAGUAAGGGGAUAUACAGGAUUUCGUGUAUAAGAAACAAAAUGGAGAACCUGUAUCAGAUGCUUGAUCAUGACCCAGAGUCUGUUGAUCUGAAUUUAGAAGAUAUGAAUACUAUUUGUAGUGUUGUGAAACAUUACCUUAGACAGUGUCCUGAACCACUUCUUACGUUCAAGCUGUAUCAGUCUUUCAUUCAAAUUGCUCAGGAUAAUAUGAAAGGUGAUAGGAACAAAGAAAAUACUGUGGAGAGACUUCGUGACUUGAUAGAUAAGCUUCCCAUCUCAAACAGAAAAGCUUGUGAGAUUCUGAUUUGCCAUCUUCAAAGGGUUGCUUCUCAUGUUGAUGAGAAUUAUAUGAACUCAAAAAAUCUUGGAGCUGUUUUUGGACCAUUGCUUUUAAGACCUCAGAACAGUCAAGGGUUAUCAGCUGUAUCAGAUUUACAAUAUGGGUCGCUUAUUGUCACACUCCUCAUAGAUUCUGCAGAAAGUUUAUUUGGUUAUAAAAUGGACUGUGAGAUAAAAUCUGGAGAAAGCACUGAUGAAAUGAAUUCACAACAGAUGAGGAAUAUUGCCGGAAAAACCUCCAUGGUUCCAGAAGAACUGUUUAAUCCACGUGAUGUAGAGAUGUACUUAAAAGCUAUUGAAGAAGGAAAGGAAAGAGAUAGACUUGUCAGGGUGAUGGUUGUUGGCCACUUUGCACAGGGAAAAACAUCACUCACUAGAAGGCUUUUUGGACAGUCAGUGGAAGGGGUUAAAAGUACAAAUGGCAUUGAGGUACAUUGCAAACAAUGUGAUAAAAAUGGAACUCACUGGAAAAAUAAACCAUCGGUAGAACAUGUAGAUGAUAUGACAAGCCGGCUUGUCAACGUGGCAUCAAAACUGUUGAAUACACAUGAUCAACAAAGUGAUGUAACUACAGAUAUCCCAGAUGAAAGUAAUGGACCUGUGAAACAGUCAAAUCAACCUGUCGCUGAAAAUAAUAGCACUAACUUAUCGGAGUCUAAAUAUGAUGCUAACUCACUGAUGUUUAAAUAUGAAGCUAACUUACUGAAGUCUAAAUAUGAUGUUAACUCACUGGAGUCUAAAUAUGAUGCUAACUCACUGGAGUCUAAAUAUGAUGCUAACUCACAGGAGUCUAAAUAUGAUGCUAAAUCAGUAGACUCUGAGUCUAAAUAUGAUAAAGAUGUGGUUGCACAGUUUGCACAGAAAAUGAAUGCCAGCAAAACGUGUUCAUCUGCCAUCGCAGAUCAGGAUGAUUCUAUUGAUAUAAAUGUUUGGGAUUUUGGUGGUCAGUUUGUCUAUUAUGCAACGCAUCAAAUAUUUCAUUCAAAGAACGCCAUCUACCUUUUAGUUUUCAACCUAAAAGAAUCUUUUGAGAGAAUGUUAAUUGAUGAAGAUUUCCCAAAUAACAAAUACACAAUGAAGAGCUGUCUCGAGUUUUGGAUGGAAUCUGUACAUUCUUUCGUAGGAUCGAAUGGCGGAAAAGAGCCUACGGUUAUAUUAGUUGGAACACACAAAGGGGAUUGUGAUGGAAAGGAAAAUGAGCAACUUGAAGCAGUAAAGGACAUAGCAUGUGCAACAGGAACAAUAAACCAUAUCUACCCAACACAGUUUGCAGUGGAAUGUAUGGAUCCGCACGAUACAUCUUUGGAACUGUUGAGAAGUGAUAUAUGUAAACUUGGGCAAGAGAAAACUCAGCACAGAAUGAUUCCAGCUAAAUGGAUUCCCUUAGAAAAGAAGUUGUUAGACAUAAGGAACAAGAAAAUUGUACAAUUGGUAGAUAUAGUGAAGAUUGAUUCGGAAAACAGUCACCCUAUUCGAGAUGAAGAACAAAUCAAAUUGUUCCUGAAGUACCACCAUGAAAAGGGGAGUUUGAUCUUCUUUGACGAAGAAAAGCUUCACGAGUUUGUUGUUCUUGAUCCACAAUUUUUAAUUGAUGCAUUUAAAUGUAUCAUCACGUCUCAACGUUUCUACAGAUGGAAGCCAGAUCUCAAAGAUCUUGGUGAAAAGCUCAUGAACAGUGGUAUUCUUGAAAUGGAUCUCUUGGAUGAAAUAUGGGGAAAUGAUGAAACAAGUCAGUUCUACAGCUUUAAGGAUGUUCUAUUGGCAUUCAUGCAAAGACUAAGAAUAUUGGCAGAGAUGAAUGACGUCACUGACACUACAAGAGCAGAACAUGUGGAGAGAACUUUCCUGGUUCCAAGUCUUCUGAAGGGACAAGCUGAUGAAAAAGUGAUGGACGCAUUUCUUCCUCCCUGUAAAAGGAAGUCGAAUAUUUCGCUUAUUUUAAAAUUAGAGAACAUCUCAGUUUUGCCACUCAUAUAUCAAAGAGUUAUGACUGCAGUACUUGCAAAAUGGUCGCCAAUUUAUUUUCCUGACAGGAAUCCACUGCUAUUCCGAGAUAUCGGUGUGUUCUUGUUGAAUUAUCAGCAUGCCGGUUUGAUAGCUGUACACAGUGGUGGCUUAGAGAUGGCGGUGGUCAGUUUGUGCCCCGAAGGUCCAGUGGAUGCAGCAGUUUGUGAUCAGUUUCGGAGAUACAUCGAGAUGGUUGUAUUGCAUGAGUUUGAAAAAUUUUCAAGUGGUUCAGAAAAAGAUCUUUAUGAAUACUAUUUACGAUGCAACCAUUCUGAACACGGGCGUAAAGGCAGCCGAAAUGUGCAUGACUUAAAGAAAGUCAAGUGUUGCCAAGAGGUGUGUUGCCCAGAUUAUGGCCAUCACGUUGUGAAUAUGAGGGAAAGCAUCGACCAGUGGUUUAAGAAAGAAAAUGUGUUGCCAGAUGACGAUAUACCAGAUCGAGAACUUACAGACAAAGCGCUUAGUAAAAUAGCGCAAGCAAUUGGGAAAAACUGGAAAUUACUUGGAAUCGAUCUUGGGCUCGGGCAAGAUGAUGUUGAUCGUUGCGAAAUAGAUAACCUUACUUCAGGAGUCAAAACUACAAUUUAUUACAUUCUGAAAGAAUGGAGGACAAGAUAUCCCAAGCAAAAUUCAAUGAAAUUUUUGAUCAGACAGAUGAAGGAAUGUGAGGGACUCACUGUUAACUGGGACAAAAUCAACAACAUAAUCGACAACUUCUAAUGACUAUACGUGUUCAAAAUGCCGCAGAUUUGGUGCUUCCAUAUUUCUAGAAUAUUUUCGAAAAAGAUGAUUUAGCGUGUUGCACUUUGACUAGUUUGCUUUGAAAACUUAAUUUGUUAAACAGCACUUUAUGCGAGGAGAGUCGUCCAACGUUAUCAGGAGAAAUUUCGUCUUAGAAUAUUUCCGUUCUUUAUCCCCCUGGUGCGAAGACUCGGAAGACCUACAGCAUUUGCGUAGUCUUAUCUGUUCGUCCGUUCGUCACUCAGUCUGUACGUCACACUUUCUUGGGUAGUCGACACUUCCUACAGCCUACAGUAUUUAACGAAUUCAAGUGAAACAUUAUAUAUGUCGUCAACAUAAGUGGACAUAUACAUACUGUUACGACUUUCCUGUCCGAUUUAUUUUUAGCUCACCAGAGCCAAAGAUUUUGAUCACUCACUGUCCGUCGUCCGUUGUCCGUAAACUUUUACUUUAAACGACAUCUCCUCAUAAACCGCUAGGCCAGUUUCAUCCAAAUUUCACAGGAAUGUUCCUUGGGUGAAGCUCUACAAAAAUUAUUCAAAGAAUUGAAUUCCAUGCAGAACUCUGGUUGCCAUGGCAAGCGAAAGGAAAAACUUUAAAAAUCUUCUUCUUAAAAACCAUAAGUCCUAGAGCUUAGAUAUUUGGUGUGAAGCAUUGCCUAGUAGACCUCUACCAAGUUUGUUCAAAUCAUGAACCCGGGAUCAAAAUUGACCCCGCCCCAGGGGUCACUUAAUUUUACAUAGGAAAAUCUUAAAAAAUCUUCUUCUCAAAAACCAGAAGCCCUAGAGCUUAGAUAUUUGACAUGUAGCAUUGCCUAGUGGACCUCUACUAAAGUUGUUCAAAUCAUAACCCAGGGGUCAAAAUUGACCCCGCCCCAGGCUUCACUUGAUUUUACAUAGAUUUCUAUAGGAAAAUCUUCAAAAAAAGUUAAAAAAUAAACCAGAAGGCCUUGAGCUUAGAUAUUCGACAUAUAGCAUUGCCUAGUGGACCUCUACAAAAUUUAUUCAAAUCAUGACCCCCGGGGUCAAAAUUGACCCCGCCUCAGGAGUCAAUUUAAUUUACAUAGGAAAAUCUUCAAAAAAUUUCUAAAAAUAAACCAGAAAGCCUAGAUCUUAGAUUAUUGACAUGUAGCAUUGCCUAGUAGACUUCUACAAAAUGUGUUCAAAUCAUGACCCCAGGGAUCAAGUUGACCCUAUCCCAUAGGGUUACUUGAUUGUACAUAGAAAAAUCUUAGAUAUUUGACAUGUUGCAUUGCCUAGUGGACCUCUACUAAAAUUUGUUCAAAUCUUGACCCAGCCACAGGGGUUACUUGAUUGUACAUAGGGAAAAUCUUCGUAAAUUUGCUAAAAAUAAAUCAGAAGGCCUAGAUCUUAGAUAUUUGAUCUGUAACAUUGCCUAGUAGACUUCUACAAACUUCAAAUCAUGACCCCUGGGGUAAAAUUGGCCUCGCCCCAUGGGUUACUUGAUUGUGCAUCGGAAAAUCUUCCAAAAAAUUUCUAAAAAUCAUCAUUUUGACAUUUGAAACAUGUAGCUCAUAUUACUCAGGUAAGCGAUCCAGGGUCAUCAUGACCCUCUUGUUAUUUAUGCCUCCUUUUUAUAUGCCCGUUUGAAAAACGGGACGUAUUAUGGGAACGCCCCUGGCGGGCGGGCGGCGUCCACAGACAUUGUCCGGAGCAUAUCUUCUACAUGCAUGGAGGGAUUUUGCUGAAACUUGGCACAGUUGUUCACCAUCAUGAGACGGAGUGUCAUGCGCAAGAACCAGGUCCCUAGGUCUAAGGUCAAGGUCACACUUAGAGGUCAAAGGAUACAAGAAUGAAAACUUUGUCCGGAGCAUUUCUUCUUCAUGCGUAGAGGUAUUUUGAUAUAACUUGGCAUAAAUGUUCACCACCACGAGGCGGAGUGUCGUGCGCAAGAACCAGGUCCCUAGGUCUAAGGUCAAGGUCACACUUAGAGGUCAAAGGUUACAAAAAUGAAAACUUUGUCCGGAGCAUUUCUUCUUCAUGCAUAGAGGGAUUUUGAUAUAACUUGGCACAAAUGUUCACCACCAUGAGACCAAGUGUCGUGCGCAAAAACCAGGUCCCUAAGUCUAAGGUCAAGGUCACAAGUCAGAUACAAGAAUGACUUUGUCCGAAGCAUUUCUUCUUCAUGCAUGGAGGGAUUUUGAUGUAACUUGGCACAAUUAUACACCAUCAUGAGACGAAGUGUCAUGUGCAGUUCCCUUCUUUAGAAUUACUUCCCUUUGUUGUUACUAUAAAUAGCUUAUAUAGUAACUUUUUCAUUACUAGUCGUAGGGAAAAUUGGAGACCACUUUUCUGUAGUACAACAUGCAUGCUACAUCCAAUUUUGAGGUGUAUUUUGACCAAUCUCUACCUGGUAAAGAUUUUCGUGUGGACAAAAUUUUUUUUUUUGGAUUAGAUUUUGGCAAGAUUAACUUUCCUUAGUUGUUACUAUAAAUUACUUACAUUGUAACUUUUUUAUAAUUGACCGUAGGGAAAAACCAAGACCAUUUUUCUGUGGUACAACAUAGAUGUUACUUUCAAAUUUUAGGUGCAUUUUAAGGUAUCUCUACCUGGUAAGGAGUUUUUUUGUGGACUUAGAAAAACAAAAGACUUACAAUGAUUACUAAACAACCACAGAAUUAAAAUUCAUUUGCAAAUACAGGUGCUAGAGUAAAGAAAUUUGCUGUGACGGGCGUAUAUUGUGACUUUCUGGCACUCUUUAUGACACAUUAAGAUUAUAUCUGUUUCGUGUAUACUUUACUACAAUUUCCAUUCAGUUCAAAUGAAACUGGAAUACAUCACAAUGAAGAGAACAUAUACGUAUUCUCAAGACUUUCUUGUCAAAAUUUGUGUUGCACGUAUCUUAAAUGCAUUUGACUUGGAGUAAUGUUUCGCAGGAUGUGAAACUGAGAAAAGUAUUUGACAUAGAAUGUUCAUCAAAUUUUAACGGAACUUGGUAUACAUCGUCGCCUUGAAGUGGACAAGCGCAUAUUAUUAGACUUUCAUGGCAGAUAAAAAUUGUUUAUUGAGUUAUUAAUUAUAUUCUGUCAUGACCUUUCAGAUGGCAUGUAAAAUACAUAGUGUGUUAUUAUUUUUGUUCCGAAUUUCAAGUAAAUCAAGAGUUUUUGAAUUUGUACAUUUAUAAAUUGAAUACACUGUAAUUUAUGUAUAUAAUAUGUUUUAAUCCAUACAUCAGUCUUAAUUGAUAUUGGUAUGAAGGCGAGUAACCAGUACAACAAAUAAAACCAUGUCUUUUACAUACUAUUCAUGUCCCCUCCCUUCCUAGUGCAAAGGCAGUUUGUCAAUCAGUCCGCCUGUCAUUCCGUCCAACAAAAUUUGUGUAGCACAUCGGCGAUAUAUGAUCUUUUCGUGUUGGUUCGCCAUACAACCCAACUCUUUCAGUAAUUGUGUAGCACAUAUCUAAAAAACGUUUUUGACCUAGAGCCAUCAGACGUACUACUGAUGUUAAGCAGCAUGUGAAUCUUCGGUUUCGUUUCUGAUUACACAGGGACAAGGGUUGCGGCCCUAGACAAAGUCAAAAACGUGCAGAAUGUACCUAGACCUUUGUGACGUGAUAUCUCAAAGUAUUAAUCUAGAGUCAUGGAACAUUAUUGGAAUGUUAUAUGAAGUUACGCUCCACGGGCUUUCUUUGUUGUUUCAUUCAGUAAGACCAGGGUUAUGACCCUUAACUUAGUCUAAAAUAUGCUUUUUAGAUAUUUGCUAAGACAGUACUUGACAAAGAAUCAUGAAAUUUUACAGGAAUGUUAUUCAGCAUUCUCGGUUCAGUAUUUUGUUAGUGAUUUUUCUAGCCCAUAGCCAUGACCGCUUACUUAAUCAAAAGUAUGCAUAAAGGGCAUAUACUUUAUGCCGCACAUGUCUCAAAACGCAUUUGAACUGAAGAAACUAUUGUUAAUGUUAUAAGCAUAAGAAGCUGAAAUUGGGUCAUGUGGGAUGAAAAUCUAGGUCACCACACAGAUCCAAGCAACAGCUUGUUAACACUGUAAAAGCACCUAAUUAUUACCCGAUCUUCUUGAAACUUGGUGAGAAUGUUUAUCUUUAUGAUUCCAAGGGCAACUUUAAUAGGUAAAUGUUUUAGGGUCAUCAUGACCCUCGUUUUUAUAAUGAGAAUGCAAUACUUUCGCUGUAAACAUAGAAUCUGUCAAUUUAAAUCCAUUUGUCGGUAAUUGUUUUCUAGAAUAUUUAUGAAAGGUUUUAUCAUUAAUUGUCAUAGUAGAAAAUAUUAUUGAAUCCGUUGUUUAUAAAUACCUUCCUUUAAGGCUAGAUAUUGAAUACUGAAAAAAGUACAAUUAUGCAUAGCAUUGCGUAUAUGCGUAAAAUGGGCCCAGCCGAUGCUUUGUUAUUGUGUCUUGCACAUUGCUUUUAAAUGUAUGUGUGCCUCCCCUGAAUUAAGCACAAUCACAGUUUAUACUUGAUGCAGGUAUGUAAAUGUGUACCAGCAAAGUCAGUAAUACUGUAUGGGUUUAAGUCACAUGGUGUAUUGGUUGCUACGUCUUGCAACUUGUCGAAUAUGCUACUCUUUACAUGCUUGUAACUGUAGCAUAAUCAAUGACCGUGUUGCCAAUUUUAAAAUAAAAGUUAAACUUAAUGAAUUUUUAUUCUUAUUUAAAACUGUGUGCGUUUUUUCUGAAUGAGUAUUGCAUUUUUAGAAUUCUAGUAUUCUUUGAAUUCUGCAGAGACAAAGCAUGUGCAGAAAAAUAUUUAUGGUUUCGCCCUGGUCAUUUAAACAUAUGAGACACAUAUUCCUAGAAUAUGUAUCACAGUUUCGACUAGGCUGGUGCUAGGUGGAGUAAAAGUGUGUAAAUUCUGCAAUAGAGGUUGUAGAAACUGGGUUUAUAAUGUUAAGAAAAUGUAAAGUGAAUACGGUUUUAUGUAUGUAUUUGAUGACGACUUUGUAGAUUUUCAAACUUUACCAAUUUUAUUUUAACAAAGGGUUAUGGAUUGUUUUAUUCAAGAAUGGCAUAGUAGUUUAGAUAGAAAUCAAGUUCUUUUAAAUUACAAGUAUUUGAAAACUAAUUUUGGCUAUGAGAAUUACUUAAACAUUUUGCCAUACAAUCUCCACUAUUAUUUUUGUAAAUUAAGAAUUUCUGUUUUACCGUUAAGAAUCCAAACUGGCCGAUAUGCAAGAAAUAAUACUCCUAGAGACCAAAGGAAAUGUUCGUGUUGUAACUCUAAUGUUGACAUUGAAGAUGAGUUUCAUGUUAUUUUUAUAUGCCCAUGUAAUAAUGAUUUGAGAAGUAAGUAUAUUACACGAUAUUUUAGCAAUAGACCUUCUAUGUAUAAAUUUUUAGAAUUAUUAAACUCAACAGAUAAACGCAUUCUAGUAAACUUGUCGAAAUUUGUUAAAGAAAUGUUAACAAUUAGGAAUUCUAUUCUUAAUAUGUAAUAUGUUCAUCCUCUGUUUAACUUAUUAAUGUUAUGUAUAAUGAAGUAUUUGUACCAUAUAUGAUUAUCUCGCUCUGACUGUCACCUAUUCGUUUAUUUAUUUGAAUUUAUAAUGACUAUGUACUAUGUACUCGUCUAGAAAAUAAACUUCUGUUCUGUUC